UCUCUCUUCUGUCUUUUUCUCUUUCCGCCAUUUUCCCGAUCAAGUUUUUUCUUCUUCUUCUUCUUAUCGAUGCAAUGACAACUCCACGAUCGCCGGCGACAGAUUUCUUCGGUAUCUCCAAGACAGCAUGCAAAGCAUACAAAUCAAUCGUCACAAAACUGCACCCUCUCUCUUCUCAUCGCAAAACCGACUCUCACUCCGACAAUGAUUCCACGAUCCACCAGAAAUAUCUAGAGGAGAAAUUCGCGGAGGAGGAUGAUCUCAUCGCUGCUCGGAGAGGUCUCCGGUUACAGAGCAUGGACGAUAGCUCCGUCUUCAAACGCCGUUCUUCUCUCUUAUCUAACUCCAGCAGCCGCCGCAGCCACACGCCGCAAGCUCGUCCGACCUACCUCUCCUCCGCCUCUUCCAACCGCCGUUCCACAUUCUCAAGAACCACCAGCCGCAGAGACGACGGCGGCGGCAGCAGCCACGGAGGCGUAGGGAGAACACACGGACUCAAAUCACGCCCCGUCUCCAACAACGCGAGCCCGAUGACGUCGCCUUUCACGAGCCCGAGAGGGAAAGAUCAGACCUUGGGAGAUUUGUUUGGCUCCGCGCAGGGACUAACGUCCCCUCCGAGCUCUACCCCGUCUUCUCCGAAGACUAUUUCGAAGAGCCGUAGCAAGAGAGAUAAAGACGGGAGAUCAGGGUCCACGACGUCGUUUUCAAAGAGCACGAGCACGAGCACGAGACAGCAGUCGAAGAGGGAUACGGGUGGGUCAGUUGGGAGGAGCGUGAGCAGGAGGAGCACGACACCGAUAGUUUUCUCUCAGUCGACGCAGCCGAAGAAGCCGCCGGCUGUGGAGAAAAAGCUCGAGUGUACGUUGGAAGAACUAUGCCAUGGUGGAGUCAAGAACAUCAAGAUCACUAGGGACAUCAUCACCGAUGAAGGGUUGAUUAGGAAACAAGAAGAGACGUUGAAAGUGAACAUCAAACCGGGAUGGAAGAAAGGGACAAAGAUCACAUUCGAAGGAGUAGGUAACGAGAAACCAGGCUACCUCCCUGAAGACAUCACGUUCGUGGUCGAAGAAAAGAGACAUCCUCUGUUCAAACGACGUGGUGACGACUUAGAGAUUGCGGUCGAGAUUCCACUUGUAAAGGCUUUGACUGGAUGCAAACUCUCGGUGCCGUUACUGAGUGGUGAGUCGAUGUCGGUAUCUGUAGGAGAAGUGAUCUUUCAUGGGUUUGUGAAGGCUAUUAAAGGUCAAGGUUUGCCUAAUGCUAAAGAAGAAGGUAAACGAGGUGACUUGAGAAUCACGUUUUUAGUGAAUUUUCCUAAGAAGUUGAGCGAAGAACAACGAUCAAUUGCCUAUGAGGUCUUGAAAGAUUGUUCUUGGGCUUAAA